ACCACAACUCCCUUAUAUAUAUACACACACACACACAAAAAAACUCGGGAGAAGACAUUUGGAUAUUGUUGAUCUGUUAAACGUUCAACUUGACAACAACAUGGGAGGCUCAAUGGGUUUUCUGGGAAAAGGGUUGGCACCAACGCAAUUGCUGAAUGUGGUGAUGGGUUCACUCUACAAGCAAUUCACCCAAAAACGUAUCGACAGUUUCGAGGAUUUCCAUGUCGCUGUUUUGGACAUCUUCAACAACUUCAACUCGGCAUUGCCAGGCAAGCACUUCGACUUUCCGACCCCAGAUGAGAUUAAGGCGAGUCCCUACCUUGAAUGUUUCAAGAGAUGGGAGGAAGCGAGGGACGAGGAAGAGAAGAAAACGGUGUUCAUCGAAUUCAUGACAAAGAGCGUAAAGCCAAGCAAACUCGACGACACCACUCUGAUCACCGGAAUAGUCUCACCGCCGGCGGCUAUGGCGGCUAAGAGAGCGGGAGAGAAUGUUCCUCAGUUAAAGUUACUCAAACUCGUACCUGACGUCAUCUUCGUCCCUUCUGUCACCAUCUUGGCCAUCGUCUCUGCCAAACUCUCCAGAAGGACGUUCCUUAAAUAAUGUACUCUCCCUACAUCCUAUCUCUUUCCUGUAGAAGAGAUGGUUUUAAAAAAGGAACCCCCAAAAAAAGGUUAAAGAAGCAAAAUAUGUUGUUGCUGAAUGUACAUAAAGUUUGAUUGUUCUUCUUCGGUUUUUUA